AACAUUAAUCAAACACAAUGCCAAAAACAUGACAAACUGCACACAACCUACUCCCAACCCAUCACUCAAAAUGGAUGCAUAUAUUCAUCCUAUAACAACAUAAAAUUAAAUCCCACCAUACCACACUUCAAUCUCUCUCUGUCUCAAUAUGGAGAAGAGAAGGCAACUCAAAGAUGAGUUUCUGUUGCAACAUCCAUAUCUCUUAGUGCUAGCUCUAGCUUUGGGAUUCAUUAUCAUGGAUCCAUUUCAAAUGAGUCCGGUGGGAGGGCACGAAUUCAGGCCAGUGAAGAAUGACAUUGCACCGUACAAGCAAGUCAUGGAGAAUUGGCCAAAGGACAACAUGAGCCGGUUAAGCCUUGGGAAUUUGGAGUUUGUGGAUGAAAUAUUUGGGCCUGAAUCACUGGAGUUUGAUAUUUGGGGACAUGGUCCUUACACGGGGUUAGCUGAUGGACGAGUGGUAAGAUGGACUGGACAGGAUGGAGGUUGGCAAACAUUUGCAAUUGCAACAAAGAAUUGGACGGAGAAACUCUGUGCUAGAGGUGUCGACUCCACUACAUCUAAACAGUGGAAGGUUGAGCCAUGGUGUGGCCGCCCCCUUGGCCUAAGGUUUGACAAGAAAAGAGGAGAUUUGUACAUAGCAGACGCUUAUUAUGGCCUCUUGGUCGUGGGGCCUGAAGGAGGUGUUGCUACUCCUUUAGCAACUCGUGUUGAAGGAAAGCCUAUAUUCUUUGCAAAUGACCUUGACAUCCAUAACAAUGGAUCCAUAUUCUUCACAGACACCAGUAACAAAUACAAUAGGGUGAACCAUUUCCUUAUUCUGUUGGAAGGAGAAGCCAGUGGUAGACUUCUAAGGUAUGAUCCUCCCACAAGAACAACUCAUGUUGUAUUGGAUGGCUUGGCUUUUCCAAAUGGAGUACAAUUAUCUAAAGAUCAAUCAUUUCUGCUCUUCACUGAGACUACCAAUUGCAGGCUAAUGAAGUAUUGGCUAGAGGGUCCAAAAACCGGCAACAUUGAGCUCGUGGCAGACCUACCCGGAUUUCCAGACAAUGUGAGGCUUAAUGAGAAAGGCGAAUUCUGGGUAGCAAUAGAUUGUUGUCGAACUCGGGCACAAGAGGUUCUAAUUCACAAUCCUUGGAUGAGAAGCAUAUACUUUCGAUUGCCAAUUCAAAUGAGCUACUUGGCUAGGUUGAUGGGGAUGAAAAUGUACACGGUCAUGGCACUUUUCAAUGAGAAAGGAGAGAUCUUGGAUAUUCUUGAAGACAAAAAAGGGGAAGUAAUGAAGCUAGUUAGUGAAGUUAGAGAGGCUAAAGGGAAGUUGUGGAUUGGAACCGUGGCUCACAACCACAUUGCUACCCUUCCUUAUCCUUGAAAGUUUUCAUUAUGGUAAAAGAGCUUUUGGCGUUGAGAAGAGUUUGCUUGCUAGUCAUGUAGGUGUUUUCGAGUUAUUUGUGAUUUGUAUAACUAUAUUGACACUAAAAUGACUUGAGAUUUAUUACGUUUUAAUUAUUUGUGAUUUGUAUAACUAUAUUGGCACUAAAAUGAUUGGGAUUUUUGUUA